AUGCUGCUGCUCAAGAAACAGACAGAGGACAUCAGCAGCGUCUAUGAGAUCCGGGAGAAGCUCGGCUCGGGCGCCUUCUCUGAGGUGGUGUUGGCCCAGGAGCGGGGCUCCUCACACCUUGUUGCCCUCAAGUGCAUCCCCAAGAAGGCCCUUCGAGGCAAGGAGGCCCUGGUGGAGAACGAGAUUGCAGUGCUCCGCAGGGUCAGCCACCCCAACAUCGUGGCUCUGGAGGACGUCCAUGAGAGCCCUUCCCAUCUCUACCUGGCUAUGGAGCUGGUGACGGGGGGCGAGCUCUUUGACCGCAUCACAGAACGUGGCUCCUACACGGAGAAGGACGCCAGCCACCUGGUGGGCCAAGUCCUUGGCGCUGUCUCCUACCUGCACAGCCUGGGCAUCGUGCACCGUGACCUCAAGCCUGAAAAUCUCCUCUAUGCCACGCCCUUCGAGGACUCCAAGAUCAUGGUCUCCGACUUCGGCCUCUCUAGAAUCCAGGCUGGCAACAUGCUAGGCACUGCCUGUGGAACACCGGGAUAUGUGGCCCCGGAGCUCUUGGAGCAGAAACCCUACGGGAAGGCUGUAGACGUGUGGGCCCUGGGUGUCAUCUCCUACAUCCUGCUUUGUGGGUACCCCCCCUUCUACGACGAGAGCGACCCUGAACUCUUCAGCCAGAUCCUGAGGGCCAGCUACGAGUUUGACUCUCCCUUUUGGGAUGACAUCUCAGAAUCAGCCAAAGACUUCAUCCGGCACCUUCUGGAGCGAGACCCCCAGAAGAGGUUCACCUGCCAACAGGCCUUACAGCAUCUUUGGAUCUCUGGGGACGCAGCCUUUGACAAGGACAUCCUGGGCUCAGUCAGUGAGCAGAUCCAGAAGAAUUUUGCCCGGACCCACUGGAAGCGGGCAUUCAAUGCCACCUCCUUCCUGCACCACAUCCGUAAGCUGGGACAGAGCCCAGAGGGUGAGGAGGCUUCAGAGCGGAGGAUGGUCCGCCACAGCCACCCGGGCCUGCGGGCUGGCCAGCCCCCCAAGUGGUGACGCCUAGGUGUGUGCAGGCAGAUGCCGAAGCCGAGUGCAUUGACCCUCAGAUUCCCUUCCCAUGGACCCUUUCCCCUCCCCCCCAGGGCUGCCCUCUGCUGGAGAGUUUGAGAUGCAUGGGUGUGGCGCAUGGCACUGGGGCGGGCAACCCUGUCCGCCCUCUAAGCUCUGCCAUUGCCCAGGUGUCUGCAGGGGCUCCCCUCUCCUGUUGCCACCACACUCCCUCUAGAAGCGAAGAGGCUCCAGGGGCUGUCCUUCCUGCACGCUGCUCUGUGCUUCGCUGACUGUGGGUGGGCCUGCCCACUCGUGUCUUGGUCCUCCAGCUCCCCUCCAGUUUUCCCCAAGUCAAUAAAGACAGACUCACAAUGGGCCAGCGGUGAGCUGGAGGGAGGGGAAAGGGACAGGGAUGGAGGACAAAUGUGGAGGUGUUGGGUGUCACUGUGGGAAG